UUUUGGUUUCUAUAAAACAACAAAAAAAAACAAAAAAGGUGUAUAACUGCGCGGGCAUACUCAUAUACGCAUCAUCAGUCGAUAUAGMGUGUGUUCAUACAUACAUAUAUGUACAUAUGUACAUGUAUAACGUGAAUGAAUUCGGCUCGUACGAAUAUCGUCUACCCCAAGGGCAAUAAACCUACUAUUGCAUGCGAUAUCAAUACAUCACAUCACAUCGCAUCGCAUCGCACGGGGUCAACGACAGAGUGUGCUGCUGUUUAAACGUUGCCGCCGCGCGAGUGAGAGUGUAGCAGAGUACGACCUCCGGCGUCUCCUUACGUCACUGACACCGCCACUGCCUUUGCCGGAGACACCAGCUACAAGCAACCAACAACCGAAGCGACUGUCACUGCCGUAUUAUUACUUUGGUUGUUACUGUUGUUGUUGUUGUCGUUGCAUUCGUCACACCGCGCUACGUUACGUAUUUACAUUUGCGCUUGCAUACAUAUACAUACAUACACACGUAUAUGCAUGUACUGAAAUUAUCUCUGAUUUCGCGACGCUGAGCCGUUUGAACGGCCUCUCCUCCUUUGAGAUCUCUGCUCGACCGCUAUCAUUACUGUUGUUGUUAUCAGACACGAAUUCACGCAUUGACAAUCGUAGCAAGUGUUCAAUGGAUAAAUAAUGCACAUGACAUAAUGUAAUGAAAGUAUAGAAAACCAAUACGUAAUGUAAUUAAAAACAAAAAAACAAGAAAAAAAAAUACAAAAUUAUUAUUUCGUCUCUUCGCAUUAUCAUUUGCUGUUUGCUGAUAUUUGCAUAUAUUGAGGAUAAUGGCUCAGUUAAAGGAGUGAAUCUUUACUUUCUCAAAAGUUUUCAAUGAGCUCACGUUUCAAUGCUGGGUUAUAUAAACUUCUAUAAAUGCGUCCCCGAAGAACUAAGGUGGGAUUUGUGGAUGUUAAUGGCAAGACUUUACAUAUUCAUGGAAUUCGAUGCAAAAUAAAAAUGCCAAUAUAGCAGUGUUGAAAUUAAAAGAAACCAAAUAAAAACAACAAAAACAACUAAAACUUACAAUUCCAUAAAUAUUUGGAAUAAAUCAUUUGUUAACAAAACACCAAACUAACCAACGGUAUUCGUCGUUAAUUUAAAGUGUGCUUUCGCGGUUUUGAAAGGUAUGAGCUAUGUGUACAGGCGGUUAAGAACGGUUUGCAGUUGUGAAGUCGUUAAACAGAAAAGCGCGCAAGAAAGCACACAAAAAACUUUAAAUAAUAAUUUGUUUCUUUUUAAUAAAAUACGCAAAGUGUAACCACUCAAAAACGACUGAUUAACUGAUAAUGUAUAGAACAGCAUUGUAAAAUAAUAUUAAAAAUUAAAUUAACAAAUCGUUAUCCAACACUGCCUUUUUACAGAGAAACGAAUAACAAAAACUAUCUUCGGCGCGUUAAAAAUUCGAUAUUUAAUAAGACAAACCGACGUUUCGAUAUCACCAAUUACUGUUUGGAAGCCCUGUUAUUAUAAACAUUCGGUAAAUUUAAGUAUUUGCAAAAACAAAAAAAAAAACAAAAAAUCAAAAACACAAAAAUUAUAGAAACUCCAAAGCCGUGAUAUUAGAUAUUUUCGAUUUUACUAUAACAUAUAUAUACACCGUAUACAAUUUAUCGGUAACUAUAUUCGUCCAAAAUUUUUAAUAGUUAUACAUUAUACACUGCGAAAUUACGGACUAUUUGUACAAAGAAAAUAUUAAAUUAAGAACGUAAUUUAGUGAUUAGCCUGAUAAAUAAUAUAAAUUCCGUCGUAAGUAAAGUGCCUCCAAUUUCUACAAAAGAAAAAUUAUAAAAAAUUAAAAAAUAAAAUUAAAAACUAGUUAAACAUAAACUAAGAACUGUUAAUAUAAUAAUUAAGUGCUUUAGUGAACACAGAGAGAGAAGAUAAAGUAAAAAACAAAAAAUAACCGUAUAGUGCAAUAACGUAAAGUAAUUUAUCGCUGACUCGAACCGUCACUGCCUUACCAGCCGAAUCGGUAGAAAAAUUACCGCACAGCGCAGCUCUCUCUCUUACCGACUGACAGAAUACUUUUCACGAGCGUGGCACACAAACACACGCUGGCACUGGCGGAAGUUUGCAGUGGCUCUGCCUUAUCGGCGAUGCCAUUUAUCGAUGACGCACUACUUUGGUGUCCGGAUAAUGAUGGUCGUAUGGUUGGUGGCUUAGAUAUCGCUCCAUGCAUGCAAGAGGAAGCCGCCACUGGCAACAACAAUGAGAAUGGCAACGAAUCUACACAACUCGAUGAACGCAACACGGAGCUAAAUUCACUUGAACCGCUAUGCACUGAGUCUUCCGAUGAACUAUUCCGCCAAUUGUCUGAAAGCAAUUUCGAAAUCGAGAGCUUACUAUCGGACCUGGCCACAGUUGAGGUUAAAGAGGAAAACAACAACAGCAUUGGUGAACAAGUAGUGGCCGAUAGUUUCGUAUCGUCGUUGGAGGCCUCAACUGUUGUUGCCAAUGGUGUACUUAGCCCUGCUUGCGCUAAUACAAAUGGUUCGGCGGGUGGUGGAGAUGUGGACAUAACGAUAGAGGGUGCUGCCGAGUCCACUUUAUUAGCGUUAACUUCACACUGCGAAUCGCUCACUGCGAAACCAUUAAGCCAAAGUCAAAAACCAACAGCGAAUGCGCAUAUUGGGCGCCGCGAGGACCUAAGAGGCAGUAAUUCUUAUGUGAGCAGCAGCAGCAGCAAUGAGAAUGUGACGCAUGCGCAUGAGGCGAAUGCGCGACGCUUCUUAAUUGCGUCCAAUCCGUUGCUUGCCGAAAAAUUACUGGCCAAAAGCAUCAUCAACACGGACAAUAACAACAGUGCGCCGCUGAAAACGACAGAAUUCGAUGAUACUGAAAUUCCAGUUAUAAAGCAAUCAACAAGUCCAGGCCCUUUGUUGACACACCAUCAGCAUCAUCAUCACCAGCAACAACAACAGCAACUGCAACAGCAACAAGCAACGCAUCAGCAAGCACAGAGCAAUACAUACGCGGGAUCUCCAAGUGUUAUACACAUAAAAUCCGAACAAAAUGUUGUACUUUCUCCACCACACCUCCAGCAGACAGCCCCACAGCAACAGCUUGUUAAUGGCCUGUCACAGCAUGGCGGCCCACUCUCAGGGUCAGGUGCAAAUAACCAGCUCCAACCACUAGCCAUACCACACCGGCCAUUGCUACACAAUCUGCUGAGUGGUGGCUCGAUACACAAUUCACAUCAUAGAACCUACGGAUCAGCUACAACCGGUUCCUUUCCGCCAAGCCCUGCCGAUAGUGGUGUCUCUGACGUGGACAGUUCUAGCUCUGGUGGUCAGCCGUGCAGUGAUGAGAUAAAAGCGAGGCUUGGCAUACCGGCCCAUUGUCACCCGCAUGCAUCGCAUAUACCAUCUGGCACGUUUCUACACCCCAAUCUCUAUCAAAACUCAGCGUCCUUACGGAACAUAUGGAAUCGAAGUGUUGGAAUGCCCGAUGGUUAUUACAUGCCACUAGGUAGCAGCACUAGUCCAUCCAAUAAUGCGUCGGUGAGUAGCAGCAGUGGCCCGAAUAGCGGCGCAGUCGGCACCCUGAAUAGUGCAAACUCAGCAGCAUACUCCACGUCACCCUACUUUACAACUCCCUCCCCGCCACGCGCUAAUCCCGGUCUAACGCCACAUCAUUCCCUGCACGCACACCAACAACAUCUACACCAUCAUCAGCAUUCCACGCUAGCGAAUAGCCCAGCGAGCACGGCUGGAGGUGUGCUGCAUCAAUCGAGUGUGAUUCAGCCUACAACGUCCAAUGUCAACUAUGAUCUCUCGUACAUGCUGGAGCUUGGUGGUUUUCCACAGCGCAAAGUGAAAAAACCACGAAAACCCAAAAUCGAAAUGGGUGUUAAGCGACGCAGCCGCGAAGGCUCCACAACAUAUCUGUGGGAAUUCCUGCUCAAACUUCUGCAGGACCGCGAAUACUGUCCACGCUUUAUUAAAUGGACCAACCGUGAGAAGGGUGUAUUUAAGCUGGUGGACUCAAAAGCAGUGUCGCGACUAUGGGGUAUGCAUAAAAACAAACCGGAUAUGAAUUACGAGACAAUGGGACGUGCAUUACGGUACUAUUACCAGCGCGGCAUACUGGCGAAAGUAGAUGGCCAGCGGCUGGUGUAUCAAUUCGUGGACGUGCCAAAGGAUAUUGUGGAAAUCGAUUGCAACGGAGUGUAAAAGUAUUGGAUGUGCACGCAUAAAUAUAAAAUAUGUAGAAAAACAUUUUAAGCACUGUGCAUUCCAUAAAGAACGCAUCACAUCACUUUCAAAUGGAUUUCAAGGAAUGUACAAACAGUAGAAUUAUGCUCGAUAUCGCAGCCAAAUUUCGGAAAUGCAAUUCUGCUUACACACACACACACAAUCUAAAUAAUAUAUGCGGCAUAGAGCAGUUUUUAAGGAAAGCAAGGAUGCAUACUGUAAAGAAUUUGUAUUUAUUAGAUCUUUUUUUAUGUUAAUAGUAGUUAUGGUGAAUUAUAUUGUAAUUGUGUGUAAGGCUCGCUAAAAUUAACUGUAUAUUUUAGAUACACAAUGAUGAUGCAAAAAUUAUGAAUAAUUAUUAUAUAUAUAUUUAUGUUUAAGAACAGAUAUGUUGAAUACAAAAAUGUUGUAAUAUUUUCAAAUUGUUAUUAAAGAUUAGUGAAAUUAAAGAAUGAUGAAAAUGAUCCACGGAUCCAUUUUAAGUAUAAAUCUAUAUAAAUAUUAUAUAUAUAAAUUGUAUGUACAUGUAUGUCUAGCUAAAGCAUAUGAAUACUAUUAAUUUGUUUUUGUUGCUUAUUUUAUAGUAAACUCGUAACGAUUAUGGACACACACAUAAAUAUACUGUAAUAUUAUUAUGUAAUAUACAUAUAUAAGUCAUGAAUGUUGAAAAUUAUUAACACUAGUUUUACUGUCCGUCAAAUACUAUGCCUACAAAUGUUUUCUUGAUUUUUUAUUCUUUGAGUUUGCUAAAUUGUCUACAUUGAACAGAAUAACAAUAACAGCAGCAACAACAACAACCACGAAUACAUAUUCUUCUCAAUAUGUUCGCUGCUUAGCUGCGGGAUGAGAAUUUUUCUCAAACCAACACAUUUGUUUGCACUGAUUAAGGCGUUACAUGGGUUUCCUCGGGAGAGCGACAAACUUUUUUCAAAAAAAAAAAUUUCCUAUAACAAAUUAAAUAUUUUA